AAUUUUCAUUUCCUCAAGAAUUCUGAUUUAUCAACCGAGCAAGGAAAGUAACAAAAUGGCAAUGGAAUGUAGUGAGAAGAAUGUAAAAUUGUGAUAUGUUUUUAAACAUUUUUUUGCCAAGUUUGAGUAAAAUCAGACUGGAAGGUAUAUAGUUUCGUUAACAAUGCGAUGGGGAAACAGGUGAAAUGUGUAAAGUGAGAAAUAGAACGAGGAAUCUUGCAUAAUUUACAUUUUCAGAGCAUCUGCAUUAACAAUAGGUGUCAACACCCGCUCCUAACCAUGUGAUGAUGGGUAUGGGGUUUUCAUUUGUCUAGUGGUGCGUACGCUCAUUAAAACAAAAGCACGCGAUACGUGCAAAACAAAAAAAAAUAAUAAAAGGAAGCAAAAGGUGCAAUGGUGUUGAUCCGAGGGCGGAAAGCGUUCCUGUCGACGUUCGCGAGCGUCGUCUUGUGCCUGCUCGUUGGGGGCACGAUAGGCGGCGCGACAGCCACCAUGCCAACGGGCGCAAAGUUCUACACGAUACACUGGAACUCGUCGAAUCCUAUAUUUCGCAUAGACAAUACGGACAACGUAAUAGAUGUGAACAGAAACAAUAUAAAGUUCGAAUAUGAUCAGGUGAAUCUCAUCUGCCCCGUGUAUUCGCCCGGCACCCGCGAAGAAGACAUGGAAAAGUAUAUCAUCUACAACGUGUCGAAGGACGAGUACGAAACGUGCCGGAUCACGAACCCCAAUCCGCGCAUCAUAGCCGUCUGCGACAAGCCGUACAAGCUGAUGUACUUCACGAUCACGUUUCGUCCGUUUACCCCCCAACCGGGGGGCUUGGAGUUCCUGCCCGGUCACGACUACUACUUCAUAUCGACGUCAACAAGCGACGAUCUGCAUCGGCGGAUCGGCGGUCGCUGCACCACACACAACAUGAAGAUCGUGUUCAAAGUGUGGGCACCACCGCCGGAAGAGAACGUACCCCCGUCGUCCGUCUCUUCAUCGACCACGUCGUCCAGGUCGUCAUGGUCUUCGUCGACGCCGUCUCGUACCACGCCGUCGCCUACCACCGUCUCCUCGUCGUCGUUGUCCACGUCCACGUUAUCCUCAUCCUCGGCCACGUCGACGAAAAAGUCCAAGACGUACAACAAGCAUCCGAACGAGGUGGUCAAGAGCGAGGAGCUCACGCUCGGCGGCAGCUCGAACGGCGUCGUCGUUGCCGUGAAUGCACCAGGAGUCGGACUCCUCUUCCUUGCCGUUGUCAUUUUCCGAUGAAGUGCGUGAAUUGGGACGCGUUUUGUCCAGUGAUGUAAAUGUUAUUAAGUAUAUAUUUCGGACAUGGGUCACUCACCGUCGUUUGUUGAAGGGGACGAAAAGGAUGUUAACGCCGUAAUAAUUAUUAAUAACGAUACCUAAUGAUAACGAUUAUUAUAAAUAUUAGAUGAUAACGUGUAAUAACUGUUUCUAAUUGUAAAGACUGAUACGUGGUAAUUCCUUUCUCUCUAUCUCUCUCUCUCACUCUCUGUCUUGCUCUCUUUUCUUCGAUGGUAUAUAAGAUGAUAGAGUUAUUAGGCGUAAGUUUCAGUCGGUCAACGGGCAACAAUGUAAGUUGUUUAGUAAGAAAAAAGAUAUAACUAAAUUCCACACUGUUCAGUAGUUAGAUUGUCAUCCGCACGCAGUGUCGUCCUCGUCACCGUUUUCUGAGCAUCCCACGGGAAGUCCCCUCGUUUCAAGUGCGCCCGCACCGUUCUCUUCGGCUCGGCCAUCUCCAGAACGGAUGCUCUGGAUAAGGCAUCCAUUUAAUAGUCGUACACGUUGUGACUUCGAUUCAGUUAUCGUACUUGUUGUUGUAUUUGUAGAAAUAGCGGAAUAUGUGGUACAUACAUACAUAUAAAAGAUAAUGGUUGGACGAAAACAUUAAUUUUAUUUAAAAAAAGUUGACCUUUUUUUCUUUAUGUCUUUUUUUAUAAGGUUUGAUUCAUUGCAAACUAAUUUGAGAUGUUCCUACAAAUCUUAUGUUCUUAACGAAAAAGAUUUCUGGGUCUGGUUUUCCAAACAUUUUUUUAAACAGAUCGCUUCUGGGAAGUUUUAUUUUUUAAUAGUAUAAGGUUUUUAAGCAUAUGAAAGCUUUUAACUGUUUUAUUUAUUUUUUUCCUAUCUUACACUUAUGGUUUCAUUCCAACCAUUGCGUAUUGUCGAAAUUCCAAUAAAAAAAGACCGAGGAAGGAUGUAGAGGGAUGGGUUCUAAAGUAUACUGUGAUAUAUUUUUUUACGAUUGUAAGGUGAAUUCGAAUAUGUCUUUUUUUUUUGCAAUAUCGGUGUAAUUUUACAAAUAGAGCUUUAUUUUUAUUACACAAUACGUGAUAACUUGAAUCGAAGCCACGACGAGACAACGCCGAUGUAUGUUUUUUUUUGUACAGAUUAGUAUUAAUUGAAUAAUUUUAGGAGCUAUUUUUUUUUUAUUAAUGCCAAUAACUUCAUAUUUUUUUUAUUACGUUCCUGACUGUCUCCUUUUCAUUCCUUGCUCAUAGCAAACAUCACACAAAACACACCCCUGUAGAUUAAUUUUAUGUACUUACGAAGUUACUCCGUCGUUUUGUGGUUGUAUCUAACAAGAACAAGAAAAGAUAAACAACUGAUUAAUUUAUUUAUACACACUUACUAUUAUUUUACACUAACUCUGAUGGAAUACUCGACUUAUACACUUUUCUUAACGUACUUAUUUUACAUUCGAAUUUAUUUAUUAUUAAUUGUUUACGUAAUUGUGGCCUUAGUACAAUGUAUUACUUUUUUUUUUAUUGAAAAUAGUACUUAUCACUGCAACACAAGUUUUAAACUUGGCUCCGACUUCGUCCGCAUAUUACCGCGAAAAACUAUUUCAUUUCUAAAUGUAUCUAAAUAAAUCUAACGGGUUUUUUGGCCAGUUAUCAUAAGAACAGUUCUUUUAUAUAUGUAUCCUAGUAAAUACAGUCCAAUACAGUAACAAGCAUACAUACCGAGUACUUUUUUUUAAAGCGAUUCAGUGUUGUCAGUAUUGUCUUUUUGUUUCGAAUAUUAUCGUUACUAAGUUAUUUGUAUCGUAGGGAGAAAAAAGUUAUUACCUGUUGAGGAUCACGCUGUAGAUUUUUAAACUGUACAAUUGUCUCUCGAAGAGGUGUUCAUACGAGUAGGAUAAACACAGACACUUAACCAGUUCAAGGCAGCUGACUCACCCCCUCAAAAAAUUAAUGAGUUAAUGGCCUAAACCACCGAUUUUUUUAGCGAGAGAACGAUAAUUUGUGAUUCGUUAGCCAAUGUAACCUUAUAACUAUGCAAUUCACGCUGUUAAAUAU